CGUCUCUCCCGCUCCAAAUUUCAGUAUUUCACGGUUUUCACCGCAGUCCGCCGCCCACCGCAGGCCUGCCGCUCAUCGCCCGUCGCUCACCGCCUGAUGCUCGCCGUCGACGCCUACCGCCUGCCGCUCACCGUCUGACGCUCGCCAUCGACGCCCACCGCCCGCCGCUCACCGCCCGUCGCAAAAUUCCAGAUCGCUGCCUGGCGCCUACAGGCUGCAGCUGUACGCCUCACGCUGUCAAAGACUCGAAAGUGUCAAGCCUUCUAUUAGUAUUUAGUACUCCAUACUUCCACUCUUCCAGGCUCCAGCAGGCAGCAUUGGCGCAUUGCACUCUCCACUCUCCAGUCUCUAGUGGCCAGUGGCCAGCGGACUACUGUGGUGGUUGGAUUGAAUUUUUUGGCCACACAGAGGGGUAGAGGCAAAUGGCAGAAGGAGCUGAAGAGGACCUGCCAAGGGAUGCAAAGGUGGUGAAAACCCUACUCAAAUCAAUGGGUGUUGAAGAGUACGAACCACGUGUGGUCCACCAGUUCCUGGAGCUUAUGUAUAGGCAUGCUGUUGAUGUGUUGACGGAUGCACAGGUGUACUCGGAGCAUGCUGGCAAGACGAUAGAUUCUGAUGAUCUAAAGCUUGCAGUUCAGUCUAAAGUUAAUUUUAGCUUUGCUCCACCCCCUCCCAGAGAGGUCCUGUUAGAGCUGGCUCGAAGCAGAAACAAAAUUCCUCUGCCAAAAUCAAUUUCAGGACCUGGAAUCCCACUGCCUCCUGAACAAGAUACCCUGAUCAGCCCCAACUAUCAACUCGCUAUUCCCAAGAAACGAACUGCUCAACAUGUGGAAGAAACCGAGGAGGAAGAAGAAGGUUCCAAUCCUAAUCCCGCAUCUAACCAAAACCAAAAUCUUUCCCAAGAUCGGACAGAUUUGCCUCAAGAGGCUCCUCAGCGAGUCUCUUUUCCCCUUGGAGCUAAACGACCAAGAUGAAACUCUUAUCUAGUUUGUCACCUUCCACCAUCUUCUAGUUGCAAGGAGUCUGAAGAAAACCUUUUGCUAUUUUGCUGUAACUAGUUAGAGCUUAUAUUGUGCUAUAAUGUUCAAUUUUAUUGACAGAACCUAAUCUUUUUCGGGCACUUUCUGAAAGGCAAUUAUGCCCAAGAACAUAUAAGGUGUCCUCAUGUCUGAUAAUCUAACUCCAUUUCUUCUCUA